CGAGUCCGAACUCAGGGGGUAUGAACCGUUUGGCGUUUGACACGACAAAACGGAGAAGUAUGCCAUGCCGUUCCCAAACCCGCAGAGACAUGGGCGACCUCUGAUAUAUAGCGUAAAGGUUCUGAGGACCAGCAUGUUUGGUUGCUCGUCUCCUGACCGCUGCCCAGAUACUUGUAUACCCCCCCUUAUGCUUGAUACAUAGCUCUUAUACAUUACCAAACCAUACCGCAUCGCGCCACACUGCGCGUGUCCGAAAAGCUCUUGGUUCGCCCACCAUGCAUCGGCCCAUUGCCAUUCUCUUAACUUCUGCAGCUGUUUUGUUCUUGUUCGCCUUCACCUCGACAAGGACAUCAGUGCCCUGGCACUCGGCCAUCCUCCCCUACGCCCCAGGGUCGCGCCCCGAUCUGUACCUGGAUGCGCGGUUAGCCCACGCGGAGCGGCUCUGGCAACAGGCAGUCGAGGAUCGCAAAGAGAUGGUGGCGCAGUCCGGGGACAGGCAGUUUCCCGACGGCUACAUCUACCCGUACCACGUCUGGGACUUUGCCCGCCCCAGUUUCUUUUGCCCGCACGACCUCGAGCGGGUCGGCACGCUCGGCGACGGCGGCAAAGUGGUGUGCGGCAUGUCACGGUACGAGGCGGCGUCGCCGGGCCCCUCGGCCGCGACCAACCCGGCCCCGGAGCUGGUCAUCUACUCGUUUGGGGUCAACGACGACUCGUCGUUCGAGGCGGCCAUGCUGGAGCGCACCAACGCGCAGAUCUGGGGCUACGACUACACCGUCAACGGCUGGGCCAAGCAGAUCCCCGCGCACCAGGCCUCGCGCGCGCACUUCACAAAGGCCGGCAUCGGCAAAGACAGGAUGAAGGACCCGCCGUUUUUUACCGUGCACGAGCUGAUGGAGAUCAACGGUCACGACUACAUCGAUAUUGUCAAGAUGGACAUUGAGGGCGCCGAGUUCGACGCCAUCUCGGACCUCGUCUCGUCCGUCCGGUACGACCCGGCCAACCGCUACAACGGGACGCUGCCGUUCGGGCAGCUCCUGGUUGAGAUCCAUCUUGUCGACGGCGGCGAGUCCUUCUCAACCCCAAAAGAUUUGGCUGCCUUCAUGAACUGGUGGCACUCCAUGGAGGAGCUGGGCCUGAGACCCGUCAACAAUGAGGACAAUUGGAUAGGGAAUAACAUACUCGGAAAGCCGAGAUUUAUGGAGUACACAAUGAUCAGUGUUUUGGACAAGAAAAAGAACAAGUUGCUCUAGGGGCACUAAAUAUCGUUGGAUUAGUUAUGGGUUAAUUUCUUAUCAGUCUUUUCAAUCCUGGAGCCCAGCUGAGAAAGAGCCGAGAGCUCGCAAACCCCAGCCGCCGAUGCCAAAAGAUCAAUCCUGAACCUCAGGUUCUCCUGAAGACCCUCCCUCUCAGGGCCCCCUUUUCCGCACCCAAGGAC